AUGUCCAAACGCGCUGCGUCAUAUAAUGACCAGCCCAACGCUAAACGCGCCAGAUUAGAAGGAGCAUCACCGUCAUCCGCAUUGAGCGACCCAGGCGCAUGGCUCAUACUUGAACAAUUUCUGACCACCCCAAUCACCUACGGCGACACCGAAAUCGCAUUUGCAGCGCACCUUGGGGAACGCCUCUGUCUGGAAGACUGGAAGGAAGCUAGGCUAGCGUUAUUUUCUGGCGAUGGCGAUGACGCUUUAUCCUUGAGCAACCUACUCGAGGUGAAGCGCAAGUACAUCCCAGACUUGUCAAGUUCCACUAUCGCCUCCUCUUCGACUUCUGCUGCGGCACCGACGCGUCCUCGUUCUCGCAGGCCGAAGAACGCGUUCGUCGACAUUGAGGCAGAAGAAGAUGAGGAUGAGCAGGAGGAGGAGGAGGAGGAGGAGGAGGACGAUCUCGAGUUGGAAAUCCCGGUCGGCCCAUCUAGACGUGCGACGGUAACGCAGUUGCCAGCACCUAAACAUAAGUUUUCAGCAGCGGUCGACAAAUUACAGCAUAAGUAUACAAAUGACGCGCCCAGGUCCUCAGAGACCUAUGUUCAGAACAGGAUGUACCUGUUUCACGUUUACCGAACUGUCACCCAAUUUGUGGCUGAUCACCUUGAGAAGCAAGGUUUCUCAGUCAGGGUCUCGCCUUGGUCCCCAGGUCAGCUCUACAUCGUUUCCGACAGCCCAAAAACGAUUCUCCAAUCCCUUCCACACUCCCACUCUUCCUGCGUCACGAAAUGGGAUCGUAUUAGCGAUCAGGAAUCAGAGUCUGUCGAUCGCGCUAAUCUUAAACUUCCCGAUCCCUGCUGGGUACGAAUCAAGCUCGGGAAAUACAAAGGCGAUAUCGCCUACGUCUUCGAUCCUGAGCAGACCAACAACUUCGUACAGGUCUUGAUUCCGCCAAGGGAUUUCCCCUACCCCAUGCCAAAAGGAUCAGUCGCGCUGUUCGACAGAUCACGCAUUCCGGCCAACUCAUCAACAGACAUUAUUCGUCGUGGUAUCGUUGUAGGGUGGUCGUAUAAAGGGGAGGAAUACUACGGCGGUUUACUCAAGAAGAACUUUCACCGCUACAUGAUCGAACUCAUAUACGUUCCUCACCCUGACGCCAUUCGUCUCCAUCUCCAGUCCGGAUUCGACGUUAGCUUUGUCAAGAAAGCCGAAACCACAUAUUCCCUGCAGAUGUUACGAGCUGGCGACUCCGUGCGUCUCACCCGGGGAGAAUUUCCCUCAGAGAUCGGGACAGUAUUAGCGGUGGACCACCAGUCCGGCGGCACUUUGACCAUCGAACUUAAAUUAGAUGGCGUUUCCACCAAAAUUGAAUCUCGCCUUCAAGAUGUAGAGCGGGUUUUCUGGGUGGGCGAUGAAGUAAAGGUAGUAGCUGGCGUAUACUUGGGCAUUCAAGGCCAUAUUGUCUCCAAGAUGGGAGACAUGUAUGAUGUAUGCCAACACGGCACCAACGAAUUGGUACAAGUGUCUCAAUAUUACUUGGAUCGCCGUCCUUUGCAGCACUCGCUUCAAGGACAAGUUCUUUCCUCCCAGCCUCUACCUGAACAUGAAUCGAUCGAAAUCGGCGAUUUCGUAGAAGUUCUGGUGGGACAGGACUUUGGAAAAUCCGGCACUGUGGAAUGGGUCAGUCCGGGAGGGGUGAUCGUAUGGUUCAGACAUUCCAUCCUUUCGGUGACUCCCCAGGACGACUUCAUGCCUCCGCUCAUCGAAGCUCCGGCUUCUUCAAUUCAGCGUACACGCCUGCCCGCCACCAUCAAGUUCACCAAGGAGAGAGGCUAUGACGUCAGGCCUGGAGACUCGGUUAGCGUCGUCCGAGGGCCCGAUUAUAUGACUACAGGGGUAGUCCAGCGCGUGGACUUCGUCAAGGCUCGCUUGUUAGUUUUGUCAGAGGAUGAUCAGUCAAUUGUCGACGUUCCCAUUGGCUUCGCCAUGAAGAUACGGAACGCAAGCAUCGAUACGUUCAAGAAACUCAUCGGUCAAGAAGUCUAUAUCAUCGGGGGCCAUAAAAAGGGCUACCGGGCAACCCUAUACGACGUGAGGGAUGACAGUUGCACUGUCUCCGUGCACGGUGAGCCUCGUAUGUCGGCCAAACUAUAUGACGUGGCCACAAGUUAUGCUAUGCGUUUGAACGGCGCUGUUCUCGAAUAUCACGACCUCCUCUCAUUCUGCGAGACCCGCAAAAAAUCGUUCGUGACUCCUGGGCCUCGAAGCGUCACCCCUCCUCCUGAAUGCAUAGCACCCUCCGUUGGUCUCCCCACUCCCUCCAUCCCCACUCCCUCGUCUUCUUCCUGGACGUCUUGGUCUGCUGGCGCGGCAUUCACUCAUUCCCAAAACGAUAUCCCCCUGGCUGGUCCGAGCUCCUCGACUCCUAAUCCAUGGGUUGUCAAUGCCGAAGACACCCAAGAUACAAUUGAUGCCGCCAUCCUCAAACUUUCAGAGAAACCUGGGCCGUCAUCCUGGUUGAAGGAGUUUGGCCCUGCGUUGUUCAACUAUCACGCACUCUUCAAGGUCUCGGUCGGUUUCCAGGGAGGGAAAUUGUCCCAGCGCCUGGCAUAUUCACAUUGCCCCGACCCCUUCUGCGGUCCCAAUGGUCCUGCGCCUGAAAAUUGCAUUGCAGCUUGGGCCACUGCGAAAACUGCAGGGGGGGCGGUGCAGCACUACCACAUUCCUUCCUCAGAUCUCAGUCCAGCCCUUCCCCGGAGAAAGAAACAAGAGUGCCUCGUUCUCGAGGGCGACCACCGAGGGGCGAUCCAUACCGUGACAAAGUGCAACGCCAAACUCAAAACUGUUGAGUUGAGUCUGAUGGCUGGGACUAACUUGACGAUCACUGUGCCUGUCGCCCACGUCUGCCUUGUGGAGCCCUUUAGAGUUAAAUAG